AUGGGUCGUAAAUCACCAAGUUUGCCCAGCGACCGUAACAGGAGCAAUGGUGCCGGUUCGAAGAAACCCAGCGGAUCCUCUGACAGUAGAAACCGGAAGAAAAGAAUCGUAAAGCGAAUGCGAAAGUCUUCGUUAAGCAAAGCUGAGAAACAGUUCCAGGUGUUUAAUCAAGUUGAUGAGCACGUUAACAAGUACGAGAAUUUGGACCUUGAUGCAAGCGAUAUAGAAACGCGAUCUCCAAGAAAGAAAAAGAGCCACGUUAGUAACGACAUCCUUGUUAUCGAUGAAGAGGAUAAUGAUGAUGGUUAUGAUGAUUACGACGGCCAUUAUGACAGUCCCCGACCUUCGGUCCCCGUAGUGGAUGUGGAAUCCGAACAUGAAGAGACCGUUUCUUCGGGGCAAAGCCCACAGCUUAGUGUUGCAACAUCCGAGAAUGGCUUGGAAGCGAACGAAGACUUUAUCGCACUUUCUAACAGCUCAGAAGAAGAACCAGAACCUGAGCUAUCUGGCGAGGACCAGGACCAUCCACAUGGUGCCGGCGCAGAAGGUCAGCUAUCUCCAUCCAAAAGAGCCACCACGAAUACUGACUAUCCCUGGAUCCUGAACCAUGAUCACUCUAAGCAGAAGGAGAUUGCAGAUUGGUUGACCAUGGAGAUUAAGGAUUUUGUAGCUUAUAUCUCCCCUAAUCGUCAGGAGAUUGAAAUUCGUAAUAGGACAAUCAGCAGGAUACGUGCGGCGGUGAAGGACCUAUGGCCGGACGCCGAUUUGCACGUAUUCGGUUCGUACGCUACCGACCUUUAUCUGCCCGGCUCCGAUAUCGAUUGUGUGGUCAACAGUGCUAGUGGUGAUAAGGAAAACAGAAAUAGUCUUUAUUCUUUGGCUAGCUUCUUAAAGCAACGAAAGCUCGCGAGCCAGGUGGAGGUCAUAGCCAAGGCUCGUGUACCGAUCAUCAAAUUCGUUGAACCACAUUCGCAGAUCCAUAUCGAUGUCUCCUUCGAACGCACAAACGGCUUAGAAGCCGCCAAGCUGAUAAGGGAGUGGUUAGAGGAGACGCCUGGUUUGCGAGAGCUAGUGCUGAUCGUGAAACAGUUUCUUCACUCCAGGAGGCUUAACAACGUUCAUACCGGUGGUCUAGGCGGGUUCAGCAUCAUAUGUCUCGUAUAUUCGUUUUUGCAUCUGCAUCCAAGAGUUGCCACCGGAGAAAUUGAUCCCAGAGAUAACCUGGGGGUCUUGCUAAUAGAUCUCUUCGAAUUAUAUGGUAAAAACUUUGGUUACGAUGACGUUGGGAUAACUGUGCAAGACGGGCACCCUGCAUAUAUUCCAAAACGUGAAUGGAAAGAUUUACAGCCCGGUAGAAGUCCAUUCACUUUAGCCAUUCAGGAUCCUGGCGAUCCGACCAAUAACAUCAGUCGCGGAUCUUUCAAUCUUCGAGACAUUAAGAAGUCUUUUGCUGGGGCUUUUGAUUUAUUGACAGACAGAUGUUUCGAACUCGAUAUGGCGACAUUUAAAGAUAGAGUUGGCAGAAGCAUAUUGGGAAAUGUGAUAAAGUAUCGUGGCAAGCCAAGAGAUUUCAAUGACGAGAGAGAUCUUGUGGAGAACAAGGCCAUUAUUGAGAACGAAAAUUACCACAAGAAACGAACCAGAAUCGUUCAUGAGGAAGUAUUCACAGACUAUAGUAGCGACGAGGGCCUCAACGGGAAGGGUGAGGACGCAUAUCACGUAGAGGAGCCUGCAAGGAAGAAGCGGGCUACAAAACCAAAAAACUCUCCAAAAGACAGCAGGAGCGAAAAGAAAAAGCAAUCUGUGGACAGUUUAAUGGGAAUAUCGACCAAUGAUGACGGAGAGGGGGAGGAUGACUACAAUCCAUUAGAUGCACGGGAGAGCAGCGGAACCACUGAAAAGGAGAAUACAGAGGAUGCCGAAGUAGGCGCGAGUGGAAAACCCGAGGCUGCUCUCAAGAAGAUAACAGUAGACGCGCAAACUAGAAGGGAUUAUUGGCUGGGGAAAAGUAAUGCGUUAUCGAACGCUAGCGCUGAUCAUAGCUAG